GUAGGUAGGAUUAGGUGCGGCCGGCGGAUAUCCAGAGGCACUUGACAAGGGAUACAGACCUACUACGAUAGGCCGCCGAAUGAUAUAAGUAUGGGUACGUUUGUGACCCUGGCAGAGGUGUUGGAGGCCAGGGGGUCACCACUGGAUGAGGGGGAGCUCUGGGGUCUGCUCCUGGCCACCGCUGAGUCCUUGCUGGAGAUCUCCUGCAAAGGCUCGGGGAACAUGUGCAGCGUGCUGAGCCCGGGCUCGGUGCUGCUCUCGGCCAGUGGGAGCCUGGCCUUCAAGGGCUGUUCCCGGUCUGAGGAUGUGGCCUCCUUCACGGCCCCGGAGGUCCGUCAGGGUCUGGUCGCAUCCAGCCGCACGGCAGCGGAGAAGAUGGCGGUGUAUUCCAUGGGGAUGAUGCUGUACUGGUGUGCGGAUUACCUGCUACCUCAAAACCAGCCUGUCCAGCUGAGCAGCGAGCUGGACAGGCUGCUACUGAGCAUGUGCGAAGAAGUGGUGUUGAAACGGGCCGAUCUGCUGGCGGUACUAGAGACCUGUGAACAGCACCACACAGCCUCUCUGCUGCCCCCUCCUGAAAGACUCAUCAAACAACUAGUGGAGGACGUUUUCCGGAACUCAGUUGAUCAUGUUACCAUGUCUGAAAAUGGAACACAACUCACAGACCGCAGUCAGACGGUUAGAGAUAGAUUUCACGUUUCUUCGGGAGGUCGUUACAGAGACGAUUACACCAGCUAUCAACAAUCGAACCGCACCCCUUGUAGUCCGUACAUGGACGGUGGUCGUGAUACCAACCCACGGGCCCUCAACCACUACAGUUCCACCCUUAGUCUGAACGAUAAGAAACUCAAGGAAAUGGGCCCAGAGUUCAUUAGAAUGCAAGAUGAGCCCCAUGUUGUCUUGGAGCUGCCAGGAUCAAUAAUGUCGAGGAAGGGGAAGGCCUCCUCCACCCAGAGGGAGGUGGGUGUGGUGAUGCCCAGCGGCCAGAGCCUCCAGGUGAGGUGCGAAGUGAAGAGCCUGUGCGGGGACGUCUUCAACAUGAUCGUGGCCCACUCCAACCUCGUGGAGCACUUCUACUUCGGCCUGGCCUACGUCGACGACAAUGAGUUCUUCUUCCUGGACACUGACACCAAGAUUUCCAAGGUUGCCCCCGACUCCUGGAAAAAAGUGCCUACGACCCCCUUUAUUCUCUACUUCCGGGUCAAGUUUUUCGUCAGUGACAUUUCCCUGCUUUUGCACAAGUUGAGCCGCCACCAGUACUACCUCCAGCUGAGGAAGGACUUCCUGGAGGACCGCCUGUCUUGCCACGAGGAGAGCUCUCUGUACCUGGCGGGGCUGGCCCUGCAGGCAGAGUACGGAGACUGCAUGCCUGAGGUGUACGGUAGAAGCUACUACCGGGUGGACCACUACAUCUCCAAGAGCGUCAUGGAGAAACGUGCCUUGCCUUCCAUUAAGGAUGAGUUGCUGCGGUUACACGCCAGCAACACCCAAAUGCUCUCAGACGAAUCGGAACUGGAGUUCCUUAAGGUGAGUCUGAGCCUGCCCGAGUAUGGCGUGUUGUUCUACCGCGUUGUGCACGAGAAGCGUCCGGUAGAGGGGGAAAUUAUCCUCGGUGUGUUUGCCAAAGGGAUCAUCGUAUACGACGUCAAAGAUGGCCGCCGAUCCACCAGUCAGACUUUCUUUUGGCGGGAAACCUCAACCAUCUCCUCUAAUAAACGAAAGUUCAUCAUAGAGUGCCGUGGCAACAAGAAGAAGUACACCUUUGUUACAGAAAGGUCGAAGAUAGCCAAAUACCUGUGUAACCUCUGCUCCGCACAGCACAAAUUCAACAACGAGAUGAGCUCUCGUAAGCUCAGCCACAGCCAUGUGUCAGAAGACAACCACAUUGGCCAAUACGCUGCCAGCACCAGGCCGCCACGCGACCGGCUCAAGUCGUACACCGAACCCCCCACGCCCCAGGACGACAGCGGCCUGACCACGCCCCAGGACGACAGCGGGCAGUCCACCCCCCAGGACGACUCCAUGACCAAGCUCUGCGACGACCUCACCGCCAGGAUCGAGGCCCGAAUGAAGCAGCACCGGCAGGGCCUCAACCAACACAGCACCUCUUCCAGCAGCCCGCAGAGCGCUCAGAGGAGUGGUUCAUUGGCUCCCUCCCUCUCUGCUGCUGCCAGAGACUUUCCAGCCAAACUAGCCCCGGAGAGAGAAGUCAUCUGUGUUUCGUUGAAGAAAGACCCAAAGCUUGGCGUUGGCAUAGUGAUCGUAGGCGAGGACACAGUUGGCAAAUACGACCUGGGGAUAUUUGUGGCCUCCAUCAUCCCAGGUGGACCCGCGGCUAAGGAUGGCCGAAUCCGACAAGGAGGGCGUCUGAUCUCCCUGAACCAAGUCAGCCUGGAGGGCGUGACCUUUGCUGAGGCAGCAGAUGUCAUGCAGAGCAGCCCCCCCGAAGUGCAGCUCAUCAUCUCCCAACCCAAAGUGCAAUUGAGCCCCAACAACCUGGGGAACCACCGGGCGCCCCCGAGCCCCCGGCAGCAGCAGCCCCCGCCGCGGGACCCCGACUCGGCGGGGGGCAGCCUGGACGAGAUCAUCUCCGUCAUGAUGACCCCCAAGACGGGCAGCCAGCUGCAGGUCCCCCCCGACAUACGCAUCUACAACGCCCAGGACGGCUCCCUCUCCUCUCUGAACAGCGUGAGGCCAGAGGAGCUGACCCUGGAGCUGCGGAAGAUGGGAGGCAGCCUGGGAAUCAGCAUAUCAGGUGGCAUCAAUAGCAACCUCCGUAACGGGGGUCUCUACGUCAAGAGCCUGGUCCCCGGGGGGGCGGCAGAGAGGGACGGACGCCUGCACCCAGAUGACAGGCUGCUGGAGGUAGACGGGCUGAGGCUGGAUCAUUUUACGUACCAGCAGGCCGUGGAGUGUCUGACCAAGACAGGAGAGGUGGUCUCCCUGGCCGUGGAGCGAGAGAGGAUGAGUCUGCCCCGCGUGUCCCUGAGCCCCGACAUGGCCCGCAGUCUGUCCCCUAAGAGCUGCAGCCCGGACACCAACCACCUCCGCUACAACAGCUGCCCCGCCAUCAACUCUCCCCCGAUGGCCGGCGGCGAGCCCCAGAAGCCCCGGGACUACCGCUUCAUGGCGGACGACAACACAUUCGAGGUGACCUUGACCAAGGGCCCCAAGGGCCUUGGCUUCAGCUUCAUCAUGUGUGACAUGGACCCCCUGGGGCAGGAGACGGGCAGCGUGGUGCGCAUCAAGCAGCUGUUCCCAGACCAGCCGGCCCGCCUCUGCGCACGCAUCCGCGAGGGCGACGUCAUCGUGGCCAUCGACGGACAGCACCUCAAGGACCUGAUCUACCCGAGGGUGCUACAGUUGUUCAAGAACUCAUCGUCUGAAGUACUACUGUCCCUGUGCCGUCCUGCAUCAGGGAUCCUUCCUCCCAUUGAGCAAUUUGCUGGCACAUGAGUGAUGUCACAGUGACCGACAGCAACGGCACCAAUGGAAGCACAG